CGAGAAUUCGUGGCCAAGCAAGCGUGGCGAGGUGUAGGGCCAUUCGGCUGAUGCAGCGGAGUGUGUUUGAUGGCUACUGGUGCAGGUGCAUUGCUAUCUCAAUUUUUUAUACUCUUUUUUUUCUCACUAUCUCGCGUUCUUUGUUACCAUGGGGCACGGUGGUGGCGACAACAGCGAUGAGCACCAGUACGAUUCACAACAGAAGCAACAACAACAACAACAACAACAACAAGACCAGCAACAACAACAACAGCAGCAGCAGCAGCAAUAUUAUGCUCAAUUGCAACAACAACAGCAGCAACAGCAACAGCAACAGCAACAGCAACCACUACAAAACGACAGCCAUUCCGUUAUUCUGGUUACAGCUGGUUAUGACAACACUAUCCGAUUCUGGGAAGCACUUAGUGGCAUUUGCUCUCGUACAAUUAAGCAUCCUGAUUCACAAGUAAAUCGGUUAUGCAUUUCUCCUGAGAAAACAGUGCUUGCUGCUGCAGGAAACCAUUCUGUUCGUCUAUAUGAUAUCAAUAGCCCUAAUGAAAAUCCUUUCGUUGUAUUUGGCGAUCAUACUGGUAAUAUCACAGCAACGGGUUUCCAUGGUGAAGGGCGAUGGAUGUUUACAGCAAGCGAAGACGGUCAUUUGAAAAUAUGGGACACUCGCUCGGGGCGUAAUCCGCCUGUCUUAACGAGGAAUUUUGGAAACGGAGCACCUAUCAAUGAUGCAGUGAUGCAUGCAAACCAAGGUGAACUAGUCACAUGCGACCAGAACGGUAGCGUCAAGAUAUGGGAUCUUGCAGCUCACUCGUGUACACAUGAACUGGUUCCGGAAGAAGGUGUGCCCAUGCGAUCUGUGAGCGUCGCAUCGGAUGGAUCAAUGAUGGUAGCUGCAAACAAUAAGGGACGAGUUUAUGUAUGGCGUAUGUCGAAUACAUCAUCAGACAAUCCAGAAAUUGUGCCAGUAACCAAGUUCACUGCCCACAACGAUUACAUAUUACGGUGUGUACUAAGUCCGGAUACAAAAUUAUUGGCAACUUGCUCGGCUGACAAGACUGUUAAAAUAUGGAACACAGAGCAAGACUUCAAACUGAUAUUGACAUUGACGGGACAUCAACGAUGGGUGUGGGAUUGUGCAUUUUCAGCAGAUUCUGCCUAUUUGGUUACAGCUUCUUCAGACCAUGUAUCACGGCUAUGGGAGCUUGCCCAAGGUGAAACAAUCCGACAAUACAACGGACAUCAUAAAGCAGCCGUAUGUGUAGCACUAAACGAUCUCUCCAUUGGCUAUCCGUAAAAGCAAAAAAUAACAGCAGAACGAUCCAACCGAUCAACAAUCUCCUUACCCCAUUCCCAAAUCAACUUGUGCAUCAUUUAUAUAUAUUAUACGAUAAUAUUAACAUUACAAGCCCU